UGAAUUUAGACCGGAACAAAUAAACAACAUUUCGUGCUCGCUGGGCUGCAGCCUCGCGGCGUUGUUUACCACCGAAUCAUCGAACUGUAAAUUUUGAAGGGAUUUUUAUUUAUUACAUCAUAUGUCGGUUGAAAAAAAACUACGUGGAAGUCCCGUCGUACUUCUCAGGGCUGAGGGAGCCGGGAAUGGAGCGAAUUUCAACUUUUAUGAUGAUGAUUGUUUUUAUUAUUUUUUAAGCCCUCUCAAUUUUAAUAGCGCACGGAUUUAUUCCGACCAUUUAUUGAUAUGAUGAAAGGAUUUGUGACCGAUUCGAUAAUCGGGAAAAGGGAAAGUAACGGCGGGGCAGCCCGCCUCCUGUGGCCGCUGCUCGGUGCGUGUCUGUGGGCUGCCGCGGUCGCCUUCAAGCCGGUGAUCAUCGUGCACGGCUUGUUCGACAGCUCGGGAGAUUUUAAGAACCUCCAGCGCUUCAUUAACGAGUCUCAUCCUGGAACAAAUGUGACCGUGAUUGACUUGUUUGACCGAGGUUCCAGCCUGCAGCCCAUGUGGAAGCAGGUGGAGGGUUUCAAGGCGGCCAUUUAUCCCAUCAUGCAAAACUCUGCGGAGGGAGUCCAUUUUAUCUGCUACUCUCAGGGUGGACUGAUUUGCAGGGGGAUAUUGUCCACUUUGCCAAAUCACAACGUACAUUCAUUCAUUUCGCUGUCCUCGCCUCAGGCCGGACGUUGCCUCUUUCUGUCCCCAGACCCCCACCACAGGGACAUGUACACCAACAGCAGCGAUUAUCUGGCCCUACUCAACAGCGACAGACCCAAUCCAAAUUCUACAGAAUGGAAGAAGAACUUCUUAAGACUCAACAAGCUGGUGCUUGUUGGAGGGCCAGAUGACGGAGUCAUCACUCCCUGGCAGUCCAGUCAGUUUGGAUUCUUCGACGACAAUGAGACCGUUGUUGAGAUGCAGCGACAAGGCGUCUACUUAAAGGAUAUCUUUGGUCUGAAGACGCUGGCGGCUCGUGGCGACCUGAUCUUGUGUUCUGUUCCAUACGUCCAACAUGUCUGGUGGCACUCAAAUGAGACUGUGUUUCACACUUGCAUGGAGAAGUGGCUGGUUUAGAGCCAAAACGUCAACAUUUUUAUGAAAUCAGCUCCACGGGGGGCGGGGGGGGGGUGUCCUCGGAAUUACAAUGGGGGUACGUUCCUUCAGCGGCGACGCAAUCCAAAUGUCCAAGUCAGUCGGACUGCGUCGUGGUCUAUCGCUAAUCUCUGCUGAUCUAGUAGUCAAGUCAAAAACAAAUGGAAAAACUAAAACCAAGUACAGCGAUAGCUUUGCUGUGCCACGUGACAAAGUAUUCUUACGCUGCUGAGCAAACAAUUUUGAAUGCCUUCUCCAAAUCCACAAAAGCACAUGUAGACUGGUUGGGCGAACUCACAUGCACCCAUGAGGACCCUGCUAAAAGUGCAUUGUUCCACGGCCCAGAACGAAAACCAAAUGUUUUAUUUUAGAGAAAAUGUUUGGAUUAAAAGAAGGGAAAAAAAGAACAAUUCUAAACGAGCGAUAUAAACAAUUCAUGAAAAAAAAAGUAAGUACAGCUGUAACUGAGCCCGUCUUCAGUGCAAACUGGUUAAUACAUAGUUGUUUUGAUUUGGGGAUUUUUGGGGGUAAGAAGACAUCGAAAGCACAAACUAACACCCGACAUCACCUUUA